AGGAAAGAGGAGGGACAUUGCUGGAUCACAUAGCUUGGGUUUGUAGCAUCCCUGUAGCUCUUCUUGUCCUGUCUCUGAAUAAAAUGAACAGAAAAAGCACAACAUAGGAAGAAAUGAGAUGUGAUUCUGUAGGGAGAGGUCAAAUGUGCUAAAAGCAAGCAAAAUCUUUCAGUCUUCAGCCUCUCAGCUGGAGUGUUUGAGCUGAGGAACGAAGGAGGAGGGGUGAAAGGAGAAAAAUCACUCUCCUUUUUUUCCCCAUCGGCUGCCUGGAAAACCUUGGAAGGACCGUGGCCAGAUUUCUCCAUGAACAGGAUAUCUGUCUGGAGUUUACCGUGAGCUGCUCAUGGCCGUGGUCUGCCGGAGCAUCGAGUCCCAGUAGGGUCAACAUUCAACGCUCCUUACACCACCAUGAGCACCGCCAAACCCCAUAUAUUCACCUCCACCCAAACCCUGAGCCCUUUCCCAGCCCCGACCCUCCCGCUGACCACCCUCAAUCCUCUUCUCACCAGUCCAGGAGAGGUGAAAACAUCCCCGGUGAACAUCACCUCCAGGAGCACCAUCACCUCCGCAUCUGGGCUAAACGGCACUCUGCUGCCAGUAGCAUCGGCGGAGGGUGCCGGUGUGGGGAUGGUGCUUGUGCCCUUCGGAAUCAUCACGGUCAUUGGACUCGCUGUUGUGGUGCUUCUAUACAUCAGGAAAAAGAAAAGACUGGAGAAACUGCGACAUCAGCUGAUGCCCAUGUAUAACUUUGAUCCAGCUGAAGAGCAGGAUGAUCUCGAGCAGGAACUCCUGGAUCACGGACGAGACGGAAGCCCAGCAGGACCAAACUCAAAAACACUGACCACUAGUCAGGGAGCAACUCAGAAACCGAGUCGACUUGUUUUCACAGACGUGGCUGAUGCUAUUAAUGCAUGACGACACUCAUGAGCUGCACAGGACAAAAAAAAAACAGAAAUAUGGACACACACUGGCAUUCAGGAAUACUUGCAAUGAUAUUUAGUAUGACAUUAUAAAACAACAUCCCACUACAAAUUAAAACAUGACAUUUUCUGUCUGCCACUGCCUUUUUAAAUCAAUAGUUUCUAGUCCAAAAAAUUACAGCAAGUACAUUUUUGAAAGUAUUUAUCACAGAAGAAAUGAUUGCAGAAAACAAACAAUCAUAUUUUUACACUGAUUAUUAAGAAAUCACGAAGUUUAAGCACACUUGAAAGUUCGUUCUGCUCUUCUACAAGACUGGAUUUUGUCUAAAUGUUGUGUGCACUCCUGCAAAACGGACUUCAUUUUCCUUAGAUCGUUUUCUAAGAUCAAGCCUCGUUCAUGAAACGCGAGCCGAACAUCUCUGUUAUUUGUUUGUAAAAAUGAUGCGAAUGCAACUAUUUACACAAGGAUUUUAUAAACUGUUCUGGAAGUAUUUUCCAGAUUCAUUUUCCUCAUAAGGGAUUUAAAAAAUUUCUUUGUUAAAGCUUUAAAAUCCAUGAUCUGAAACAUCAAGUUAGGAGAAUCCAACCCAGGCUCAUUCUGAAAACGUACCCCUGUAUACAUUUCUGGAGAGCGCCAAAUACAUCUCAGGAGGUAUGUUUAUUGCAGUUUUUGUUUUCGCGAAUCCACCAGAGGUCGCUGUGUAUGCUUUUUCAGGUCUCAAAUUUCUCUCGCGAGUGCUGUUCGUGCCUGCUGUUCUUGUGUAAAUCCACCAGAGGCCGCUGUGUACGCUUUUUCAUGUCUCAAAUUUCUCUCGCGAGUGCUAUUCGUUCCUGCUGUUCUUGUAUAAAUCCACCAGAGGCCGCUGUGUACGCUUUUUCAGAUCUCAAAUUUCUCUCGCGAGUGCUAUUCGUUCCUGCUGUUCUUGUGUAAAUCCACCAGAGGCCGCUGUGUACGCUUUUUCAUGUCUCAAACUUCUCUCGCGAGUGCUAUUCGUGCUUGCUGUUCUUGUGUAAAUCCACCAGAGGCUGCUGUCGACUGACUGACUGACUGACCAAUCAACUGACCCACCCUCCUCCCUCCCUAAACCCAACCAAUAGUGUUUUCAAAAGCACAGAUUGACCCGUCCACCCACUUCCCUAUUUACGUGUUUGUUUUAUUUUUUGGCUUCUGUUUUUUUCUUACCCGCUUUCUGGAACUGUUCCCCACCGUACUCGAACUCCAUCGUUGUGGUCAACUAAAGAGGUGCAGAGUCUAAAACGCAGGGCGCAAAAGCAUUAAGGGCGUGUCUGAAUCCACUUUUGCUAUUUUAGGGAUAGAAAAAUCUGCUCUGGUCUAACAGGGUUGAGCUUAUUCACUGUGUUUUGAGAAUAAACCAAUCAGAGUUUCAUCUCCCAUUCCCUUUAAGAGUCAGUUGCGUCGCAACAUGGCGCAUUUACUAUUACAUGGCGGACUUUGUAAGCUUAAAAACGCUAGGUUACUUGCGUAACCCCGGUUCUCUGAGAACAGAGCGAGGUAUCUCACUAUGGGAAACGCCUCAGGCGUGACAGACUGUGGAAGCACCAAUUACACCACGUCCGUCCGAGGACGGACAAAUCACAGCUCGCGAUUAGGAGCCCACCCUCUCCUUUAUAAUCCGCUGUGAUUCCCCGAAUCGGCAUUCGAAGCACGCUCUUCCCGAGUGUAAUGCGUGAAGGGAAGUCUGGUGAGAUACCUCGCUCUGUUCUCAGAGAACCGGGGUUACGCAAGUAACCUAGCGUUCUCUUUCAAACAUUCGCUCGGUAUCUCACUAUGGGAAUGAUAUAUACCACUCCCGUAACGCAUGCUUUCCGAAGCCCCGGACAGAAUCGGUAGAAAGACAACCUUUCAAGCUUAUAAGGGACACACAUUAAGAACCGCGUGAGCCAAUGAAGGCGCGGUGACGUCAAGGCGGUAAAACCUGAUAAAUGUAUGCGGGGAAGACCAACUUGCCGCUUUACAAAUAUCUCUUACCGAAAUCCCUCUGAACAAAGCCCAUGAGGUAGCGAUACCUCUUGAAGAAUGAGCUCUUAAACCCUCUGGGGAACGAAGACCCCUAGAUGUAUAGGCCAGUUCGAUCGCCUCCACUAUCCAGUGCGAGAGCCGUUGAGAUGAAACAGCCUCACCCUUACGGCGAGUGGCCCAUGACACAAAUAACUGAUCGCUUCUCCUAAACGAUCGCGUCCUGUUCACGUAGAGGCGUAACGCCCGUACGGGACACAAAGUGUGUAACUUACUCUCCUCCGCUGACAAAUGCGGAGGGGAGUGAAAGGCAUGCAACUCAAUAGCAGAACAGUUAUAAGCAGAAUCACUGACCUUGGGAACGAAUGCCGGGUUUGGUAGCAGUUUAACCCUGUCAUCAUCCCGGCUAAAAUCCAUGCACGCUUGAUGCACCGACAAAGCAUGCAGCUCGCCCACUCGCUUAGCUGAGACUAGAGCGAGUAGUAAGGCCGUCUUCAGUGAUAUGAGCUUAAUAGGAAUAUCCUCCAGAGGUUCGAAAGGGGCUCGAGUUAAAG